AUGAAAGCUGUUGUUGAAAUAAUUUUGGACGAGAGUUCUCUGGAAAAUUUGCCAAGAAUUGCUGGCUACACCUCCUGGAUGAGAAGAGACAGAUUAAGUCUUAGUAAACAACUGUCAAUGAAUAAACAGAAAGAUGGACGGGAGGCUCGAACCGUGAUCCCGAGAUUGACAGGUCCAGCGCUUUACUGCUUCAGACUGGACUGUAGGGAAGAGUUCAUUUGGGUUACAGUUGGUGCCUCUGAUGGAAGCAUGUACAGAACUCUGUUGGGUAUAACCACCGCUGACCAACGUCCUCCCUCAAGUUAUGGAGCUCCAAAUGGGGGUUUUGGUAAUGGCUCUGGUGCCUCAAAUGGAGCCCCAAGUAAUGGUUACACAGCUCCAGGAAAUAAUGGCUUCGGAGCUUUUGCAAGUAAUGGAAAUGGGGCACCCUUUGGCAAUGGGUUCGCAGGUGCACCAAGCAAUGGAUAUGGAGCUCCCCCAAGUUCUUAUGGACUAGAUCCGGAGCUGCUUGCUCUGCAGGAGAACAUCCCCGGAGGUGGCGUCCCCGGUGAAGACUACCCAGUCUUGUCUUCUCCACCAGACACUGGCUUCUCUUGUGAUGACCAGGCAGUGGCUGGUUAUUACGCUGACACCGCCCCUGAUGCCAGCUGCCAGGUGUUCCACAUUUGCCAGGACCGUGCCGUCAGACGCCAGAAGGACUCAUUCCUGUGCCCCAAUGGUACCAUCUUCAAUCAGCAGUACCUGGUGUGUGACUGGUGGUUCAACGUAGACUGUUCUCAGGCUGAGAACUUCUACUCUGUCAACGAACAAAUCGGCGUCGUCCCCAGUGCUGGCUAUGGUUAUGGUCCUAUUGCUAACAGUAUUUUUAAUGGAAACGGUAAUGGAAAUGGUAACAGGUAUAAUAAUGGUAAUAGGCCCAAUGGCAAUGGUAACAGGUAUAAUAAUGGUAAUAGGUCCAAUGGCAAUGGUAAGAGAAGAAAUGGGAAUGGAGCAAGUCGUUAUGGCUCCAGUGGAAAUGGUAGGAAUGGCAAUGGUGCCAAUGGUUAUAGAAGGAAUGGGAAUGGAGUCAGCAAUGGGUAUAGUGCUCCAGCUGCUCCCUCCACUGCCUAUGGAACUCAGUUUUAA